GCACAAACUAUGCACAUAUAAUUGGAUAUUUCUUAUAAUAAAUAGUGUUAUGUAAUCUAAGUGAAUAUGUGAUUAUAUAAUACAAAUUAUAUUUGAUAAUUGUAAUUAACAUCCAUUAUCAAGAUGGACAUCAUUUACAGUUGGUGUAUUAUCUGGUGUUUAUUAAAUCUCAUUUUAAAUGGGAAAAUUGGUCAAGCGCAAGAAGACAGUUCCACAGAAGAUCCUAUUACUGAUCCUCCCACUUUCGAUAAUACAACAAUGACCAGUACAACAAGUGAUUUCACCAAUAAACCAGAAGAGGAAAACUCUACCACAGAUGAUACUAAUUAUACUACAAUCCCCAGUUAUUCUAGUACUGACAUAAUCACAAACGAUGUCAAAGAAAUCGGAUGGAAGGAAUGUCGAAUCAAUAUUUUAUGUACUGCUGAGGCAUUAGCAAUCCACGAACUCAAGCCUGAACUUUGCAUGGAGAAACGAUCCGUUCAAUCUCUCAUCCUUCCUUGACCCUAAUUCCCUUUAGUGAUCUGUCAACUGGACAAUUAUCUGACCCGUUAAUUAUUUUCAUCCUUCUAUAACCCCCAGAUUAUUACGCAACCUUAUGUGAUAUUAGGAGUCUCGAAUCCAUUUUAUGAUGUAAUCUUUUCUAUUCUUCCAUAGAUAUAUUUUUUUCAUAAAACUAUAAAUACGAAUGUACAGCUUAAGUAAAUGAUUUUGUCGAAAAGGAACAGAAUUUCCUUCGUUGAAUUCACUUUAUUCUUAUUCAAUAACAA